AUGAUAAACAGUGAUAACAAAUGUAUGAACGAUAAUAAGGAGAGUAUUCCGAAAGAAUACAAAACACAGGAUAUGAUAGAAGGAGAAAAAGAAAGAAAGAACAAGAUAAUAAAAGAAUAUAUAAAAAAUAUGAAUGAAGAAGAUUUCUUAUAUCUAAGUGAACAUUUAAAAAUAAGAAUAGAUAAUGAAAUAUUUAUGUCUCAAGAAUUAAAUGACUAUAUUAAUAAACAUAUUGAUAUAAUAUGUGAAUUACAUUUUAAAAACUUUAAACGUCCUAAAACUCAUAUGAAAAAGGUCUUUAUCGAUCUUACCUUGAAACUUAAAUAUUUAAGACAUUUGGAAUAUUUGAAAAGAAAAAAAAAAAAAGAUAAAGAAAAUAAAAGUAAAAGUAAAAAGGAAAAAAACAAUAAAAAUGAGAAGGAUGAUGAAAUGGAAAAUAAAAAGGAAAAAAACAAUAAAAAUGAGAAGGAUGAUGAAAUGGAAAAUAAAAAGGAAAAAAACAAUAAAAAUGAGAAGGAUGAUGAAAUGGAAAAUAAAAAGGAAAAAAACAAUAAAAAUGAGAAGGAUGAUGAAAUGGAAAAUAAAAAGGAAAAAAACAAUAAAAAUGAGAAAGAUGAUGAAAUGGAAAAUAAAAAGGAAAAAAACAAUAAAAAUGAGAAGGAUGAUGAAAUGGAAAAUAAAAAGGAAAAAAACAAUAAAAAUGAGAAAGAUGAUGAAAUAAAAGAAAAUAUGGACAAAGUCAUGGAAAAUCAAUUAAAUCAAAGUAAUAUAUUAUAUAACAAAGAUAGAAUAAGAAAAAACAGAAAUAAUUUAAAAGAUGAAAAAGAUGUAUCAAAUAAAAAUAUAUUGGAUGAUAAUAAAGAUAUAGUUGAAUUCAAAUUACAAGAUAUAUCAUCAGGAUACUCUGAGACAUCUUGUAAAUCUACAAAUUCUAUAGAAAAUGGAAAUUCUUCAUCAACAUCUAGCUGUGAUGAUGAUAGUAGCUUUUUAUUUUCUUGUUCUUCUGAUUGUGAUGAAGAAACAUCGGACGAAGAAAUUUUGUCAACAAUACAUUUUGAUGAAAAAGAAAUGUCUACAUUAAAAAGUUUGGAAAAAGCUAAAAAUGUAUAUUUUGCUUAUAUAAAUAAGAAAUUUAAAAAAUAUAAUAUAUUAGAUCAUUUUAAUAUGAAUUUCCUUGAACGAUUAAAUUAUUAUUUUUCCAAGUUAUAUUACCAAAAUAAUAAUUUAAAACAAACAAAUGAAUAUCAAAAUAGAAUAAAAGAAUUUUUGUCAAAUGAGGAAAAUGUCAAAAAAAUCGAAUUAAAUCAAAGUAAAUUAAGAUCUGAUAUUUUAAAUUCCAUGUUUGGAUUCCAUAUUAUUAAUGAAACACAUCCAAUGAAAUUACCAAUAAAAAAUAUGAACAACUUAUCUUAUCAAAAUACAAAAGUAGAUAAUAUAUAUGCUUAUAAAUCAAACACAAAUAAAUGUCGUGUGCACACAAAACUUAAUCAGCUAUAUGAAACUAAUGACAAUAUAAGAAAUAUGAAUUAUUAUAAAACUAUUGAAUAUAUGAAUUCGGAAAAUAAUAUAAAUAAUAUGAACAUUUUAAAUGAAUGGACAAAUUUUAUGGAUCAAAAUAUAAACAUUGAAUCAAUAUCUCCAGAACAGCAUAAAAAAGGAAAUAGAAAAAAAAAAAUUAACACAAAAAAAUUAUAUCACCAUGAUAAUUACAAUAAUAAUAACAAUAAUAAUAACAAUGAUAAUAACAAUGAUAAUAACAAUGAUAAUAACAAUGAUAAUAACAAUGAUAAUAACAAUGAUAACAAUAAUAAUAUUAAUUGUAUAUAUGGAGAACAUCAUAAUGUGAAACAUAAAAAAAGAAAAUCAACAUCUAAAUCCAAACACAUUUUUAGGAGUAAUGAAGUAUCCAUACAUUUUAAUGAUGAUAUAAAAAAAAUUGAACAUGUUGCAAAAAAGGAAUUACAAGAAUAUAUCAAACAAAUUCAUAACAAAUCAAAAAUUCAUAACAACAUAUCUAGCUUGAAACAAUAUAUGUUAAUUUCAAAUUGGAAAGAACUAACCAAACAUAAUAAUUACAUGACCUUAUUAUCUGAAGAAAAAAAAAGGAAUUCCAAAAUAUUGGCAAAUUUAUGUUAUAACCAAAUGAAAGCUAUAGAUCAAAAACGAAAAAUUAUCCUAGAAAAAGAAGAAAGAGAAAGAAUGAAAUUAUUAAAAGAUAAUGAUAUAGAAGCUUAUAUGAAGUUAAUUAAAACAGCUAAAAAUAAACGUUUACAAGAAUUGUUAGAUGUAACCGAACAAUUUUUAAAUAAUAUGUCCAAAUGUGUUUUAUACCAAAAAAAAGAAGCAUAUCAAGAAUCAUCAGAACAAAACUUCCAUGGUCUUAUAAAUCAUAAAAAUGAAGACAAUGAAAAAUGUCAUAAAAAUUAUAAUUCGAAAGACAAUAAUAAUAUUCUUCAAAGUGUACAUAAUUUAACAACACAUGGACAACAAAAUGGAUAUAACAAUAAAAAAGGUUAUGACACAAUGUAUGAACAUAAUGAAAACAAUACAAAAAUAUGUAAUUAUAAAAAUGCUAGAGAAAAUUAUUAUAAUAUAUCUCAUGUUGUUAAAGAAAAAGUAAAACAACCAUCCAUUCUUAUAGGUGGAGAAUUAAUGAAAUAUCAACUAGAAGGUUUAGAAUGGCUAGUUUCUUUAUAUAAUAAUAAUUUACAUGGUAUUCUAGCCGAUGAAAUGGGUUUAGGAAAAACUAUACAAACCAUUAGUUUAUUUGCAUAUUUGAAAGAAUUUAAAAAUAAUAUUAACGUUAAAAAUUUAAUUAUUGUACCCUUAUCUACACUUCCUAAUUGGAUUAGCGAAUUUAAUAGAUGGUGUCCAUCAUUGAAUGUUAUAACAUACAGAGGAAAUAAAUUAGAAAGAAAACAUAUUGCUAAAAAAUUAUUAGAACAAACUUUUGAUAUAUGUAUUACUACAUUUGAUUUAGUUAUAAAAGAGAAAUCAUUUUUAAUGAAAAUAUCAUGGAAUUAUAUAGUUGUUGAUGAAGGACAUCGAAUGAAAAAUAAUAAAUCACGUUUUCAUGUAUUCUUAUCAGAAUUUAAAAGUAAAUAUCGUAUACUAUUAACUGGAACUCCAUUACAAAAUAAUUUAUCAGAAUUGUGGUCUCUUCUUAAUUUUCUUUUACCAAAAAUAUUUUCUUCAUGCGUAGAUUUCGAAAAAUGGUUUGUUAAAUCAUUACAUAACGAAAAAGACGUUUAUGAACAUAUUACAGAAGAAGAACAACUUUUAAUCAUAAACAGAUUACAUAGUGUACUCUUACCUUUUAUGUUAAGAAGAGUUAAAAAAGAUGUUCUAAAAUCAUUACCCAAAAAAUAUGAAUAUAAUAUACAUAUUGAAUUAUCACUAUAUCAAAAAAUAUUAUAUAAACAAAUACAAACCAAAGGAUUCAAACAAGUUAAUCAUAAUGGUUCUAUAACAACAAAAAUAUUUCAAAAUAUUGUCAUGCAAUUAAGAAAAAUUGUUAAUCAUCCAUACUUAUUUUUAUAUGAUUAUAACAUUGAUGAAAAUAUAAUUAAAUGUAGUGGGAAAUUUGAAGUCCUUGAUCGUAUGCUACCCAAACUUUUGAAAUUUAAACAUAAAGUCCUCAUAUUCUCACAGAUGACAAAGCUUAUGAACAUUCUAUGUGACUACCUUGAAUUUAGGGGAUAUAAAUAUCAUAGACUGGAUGGAAAUAUUGGACUCCAAGAGAGAAAAAAAAUUAUCGACCAAUUUAAUAAUAAUGUGGAAUAUAAGAAGGAUGAAGGAAAACAGCCAAAUUGUGAAAUGCCUGGUAAUGAAAAUAUGAACAUGUCAGGUAAUGAAAAUAUGAACAUGUCAGUUAAUGAAAAUAUGAACAUGUCAGUUAAUGAAAAUAUGAACAUGUCAGGUAAUGAAAAUAUGAACAUGUCAGGUAAUGAAAAUAUGAACAUGUCAGGUAAUGAAAAUAUGAACAUGUCAGGUAAUGAAAAUAUGAACAUGUCAGGUAAUGAAAAUAUGAACAUGUCAGGUAAUGAAAAUAUGAACAUGUCAGGUAAUGAAAAUAUUAAAAUGAUAAGUAGCCAAAAUGAAAAAGAUACGAGUAGCCAAAGUGUCAAAAUAUCCGAACUCAAAAAGGAAGAAAUUAAUGACUUCCAAAUUAUGGACGACAAAAACGUCAAUGGGGGAAACCAAGAUGCAAUGAUAUUUAUUCUGUCUACAAGAUCAGGAAGUUUGGGUUUAAAUUUACAGACAGCUGACACGGUAAUAAUAUUUGACAGCGAUUUUAAUCCUCAUCAAGAUAUUCAAGCGAUGUGUAGGUGUCAUAGGAUAGGUCAGAAAAAUGUGGUGAAGGUAUUUCGAUUUAUUACACUAUCAGGAGUAGAGGAGUUGGUUUUUAAAAAGGCUCAGCACAAGCUGAGUAUAAAUGAUAAGGUAAUUCAGGCAGGUUUGUUUAAUAAAAUAUAUAAUGAUGAGGAUAGGCAGAAUAAAUUGAAGGAUAUAAUUCAAAGAAAUCAAAAAAAUGAUAUGACAACGCAUCCUACUAAUCCAUUAUUAUUAAAUUAUUAUAUGAAGAGGAAUGAAGAAGAAUUGGAAUAUUUCCUCGAUUUCGAUAAACGUUAUUUUGGGGAGCAAUAUUUUUCAUUAUUAAAUACUUUGAAUGUAGAAAAUGUAGAUAGUGGACAGUUUACUUAUAUGAGUGAAGAUGAGAAGGAAGAAAAUGAAACAUAUUUGAGCUCAAUUAUAAAAAAGGAAAAAAAGGAAGAGGAGGGAGAAGACGAUGAGGAAAAUCAAAGGGAUAGGAAUAAAGAAGAAGAUCAAGAUGAAGAUAAAGAUGACGAUAAAGAUAAAGAUAAAGAUAAAGAUAAAGAAGAAGAAGAAGAGAAAAAAAGAAAACACAUAUUGAAUAAUAAUAAUAAUAAUGGCAUACAAAAUGGAAGUAGUAUAAAUGAAGGAGUUAAAGAGAAAAUAUUGGAUGAAUAUUGUAAUAAUAAUACUAAAUGCGUAAAGGUAUCAAACGAGCGAUUAAUAUUUAAGAGAAAACAUGAUACUGAUGAUUUACAAUGUGAAGAUGAAAAAAUAAAAGAAAAUGAAGAGUGUGAUGUGGAUAACAUAAUACAAAAUAAGAAUAAUAAAAGGUUAAAAAUGGAAUGUCAGAAGGAUGAUAAGGAUGAUGACAUAAAUAGUAAUAUACAUAUGGAUGAAAAAAAAAAGAUUUACAUGUCAAGUGAGAAAGAUGAUACAACAAAGGAAUAUUCAGAUACCCAUGAUCCAUAUAUAAAUGACAAGAUGCAAGUAAAAGAUGAAGAAGAUUAUUACGGUUUUAUUUUAAAAGAAGAAAAUCAAAACGAUAUAGAAAAGAUAUUAAUUAAAAGUAAUAAAUUAAUAAAUAAAGAUGAAUUACCAGCUUAUUUAUUUUAUGAUGAUACAAAUGAUUCUCCAGAUAAGAUAAAUCUUAAGAGGUCACGAAAAGUAAUAAAUAUUAAUUUGAUGCAAGAAGAAAAAUUAACAGAAAAGCAAUUUCUUAAGUUGAUCGAUUCAUCAUCACCUAAUUUAUUAUCGAGUGUAGAAAAAGAUUUAGGUAGAAAUAAAAAAGAUAUAGUAAAAUCUGACAUGGAACAUAACAAUGAUAUAACAACAUUAGAAGAAGUAAAAGAUAGAGAAGAGAUAAAAGAAGAACAUCUUGAGACAACAAAAAACAUAUCAUCAUUAAAUAUAAACGAUUUAGAAAUUAAUAAAACUCUAACAAACGAAAAUGUUCAUAGUACAAAAAAAAGUCCUUAUAAUAUGAGAAGUUCUAAAAGAAGAAGUGACACUUCAUCAACGUAUAUGGAAACAAGUAUAAAAAAGAGAAAUGACAAAGAUAUUCACAUAUGUUUGAAAAAGGGAAAAAAAAGAAAUAAUAGUAUGGAGCACACUAAACAAGAAUGUCAUGUGGAUGAUGAAAAUAAGAAAAGAGUUAAAAAGAGAAAAAGUUCCCAGUAA